UAAAUUUUAAAAUUUAAUCAAUUGUUUAAUUAUCGACAAACCAAAAACUAAUUUAUUUGUUAUAUUUCUAAGUGAUAUAUAUAUUUUCUUUAAUUUUAAUUAUUUAAAUAGAAAAUUAAUUUUAAUUAAUAAAAUAUGUUGAUAGUGACAAAUCAAUAUGAAAACUUAAUUUCUACUUUCUAUUGUGUAAAGAAAAGAGUAAAACAGAAUAAUUACAAUGUAAAACAGCUGGCCUAUUAAUUAUUUUGGUCUUUAUCAUCAAUAUACUCCAAAAUAAACAUCAAAUCAAUUGACGAAAUGUCAUUUACCUACUGUGAUAUCCAGUAAGCAUCGGAUGACAUUUUUACAUAGAAUUUAAAUUUCGUUAAUGUCAACUAGCACACGUGCAACCAGCAAGUAUUAACCUGCAGGGCACUAAUUAACUUUGUUGUCAUAAUCAGUCACCGUUCACUGUAGAAGCAUUAUGUAUUUCAAAAUUAUUAGAUUCCUAAAUUCUAGAUUGUUAUGGUGUUUUUAUUCACUAACUUCUCUCCUUGUGUUACUUUUGUAUCCUGUACAACAAAUGGCUUUUCAAAAUUGUCAGGUCUAUGUAUGCUGAUCGAUGAAUAUUUAGACUUUCCAACAUUUUUUUACUUGCCACGUGCGUCAUGUGUUUACAGCAGAAUGCCCUGGCUGUCCGGGUGUCCGUGGAGCAGGGGGUGCUGCAAGGGGAGCAGCUGACGACAGUCACAAAGGACGCUACGUACUACAGUUUUAAAGGAAUACCGUACGCCGCCCCACCGGUUGGCAAACUAAGGUUUCAGCCUCCUCAACCACCAGCAAGAUGGAAGGGCAUAAGAAAUGCAACGCAGCACGGAAGCAUAUGCAUACAAGUAGAUAACAUCAGUCAGGAAUUCUUACCCUGUAGCGAAGACUGUCUCUUCUUGAACGUCUACACUCCGAAUAUGAAGCCAUCAUCACCAUUGACUGUCAUGCUUUUUAUCCACGGCGGAGGCUUCAUGAGUGGUUCGGGCAACGAUGACUUUUACGGACCCGAUUUCUUCAUAAGUCAAAACAUAAUUCUUAUAACAAUCAACUACAGGUUAGAUGCUAUAGGAUUUUUGAAUUUGGGUUCCAAGGAAGUUUCCGGGAAUGCAGGAAUGAAAGAUCAAGUCGCGGCCUUGAAAUGGGUGCAACUUAAUAUAGCGCACUUUGGUGGUAACCCGAAAAAAGUCACCAUAUUCGGUAACUCAGCUGGUGGCAUCAGUUGUCUUUUGCACUGCAUAUCACCGAUGUCUAAAGGACUGUUCAAUAGAGCGAUAGCUAUGAGUGGUGUUCCCUUAAUGGAUAUCGGUCUUGAGUUUGAAUCUGUAAGACGAGGGUUUAAUUUAGGAAAGAUUAUGGGCUAUGAAACAAAGAAUGCCACUGCGCUUCUUGAAUUCUUGCAAAGUGCCCCAGCGUCUCAAUUGCUUAAUACCAAACCACAUGUAAUAAUAGCGGAGGAAUAUAUGAAUAACCUUGCGAAAAUGUAUCAAUUUGGACCGGUUGCAGAAGGAGAUUUCGGCCAGGAGAGAUACUUGACGGAUGCAUUUGUUAUGUCACUUGUAAAUGGAAAUAUUAACGACAAUGAUAUAAUGAUAGGCUACUCAAAUAAUGAAGGUUUGACCGGUAUCUCUUACUUUGAAGAUUAUUUGAUCGAUGUAGACAACAAGUAUCCUGAGUUACUAAAUCCAAGAAGAUUUCUGUACUAUAUCAGUGCAAAGGAUUACUUACCGUUGUCUGACGAUAUUAAGGAUUAUUACUUUGGAGCAAAACCUAUAAGCCUGGAUACGAUGAAGGAAUAUGUUAACUACCGAAGUGAUACGGUAGAAUAUCAAUCAUUGAGGUACAUGAGAGACGUUUACAGAGCAUAUUCGAAAAAGAAAUUCUUGUACCGGUUUUCUGGAGACACAGAAAGGAAUGUCUACAGUAUGGACAAGGUUCGGUACGGAUUGACUGGAGCAGGACAAAAAGACAUCGAGAUGUAUUUAUUCUAUGCUAACUCGCUUAAGUUGCCAAUCAAUACUGAUAGUGAAUCAUUUGGAAUAAUUAAACAGUUAACUACUCUGUUUGCCAACUACGCCAAGUUUGGAAACCCAACACCUGACUCGUCACUUGGAGUAACUUGGAACGAAUAUGACGCCAAAAAAGAGAGCUACUUGGACAUUGGAUUAAAACUGACUCCUGGAACUCAUCCCGAGGCGAACGUGAUGAAAUUCUGGCGAAAACUGUACAAUAAAGCAAACACACCGUUCUACCAUGUUGGCGUUAUACCACCAACAGAAUGAUGAUAAUAUUAAAUAGAAACAGAAUAUUA